AAAUCUGGACAUAAGUAACAUGACUUCAAAUCACAGCAGUUCACCCCAGGAUGAAUAUCUCCCUCACUACAUUCGGGAUGAAGACCCUUUCACAUCAAAGCUCUCUAAGGAAGCUGAUAUAGCUGCUGGAUUUUAUUUAACCAUUGUUGGUGUUCUCUCAACAUUGGGAAAUGGAUAUGUUAUUUUUAUAUCUGCAAGACAGAAAAAGAAGCUGAAACCUGCUGAGAUAAUGACUGUGAAUCUAGCUGUGUGUGACUUUGGUAUUUCAGUUUCAGGAAAGCCCUUCUCUAUCAUUUCCUUCUUCUCUCACCGCUGGAUUUUUGGCUGGAUUGGCUGCCGCUGGUAUGGAUGGGUUGGUUUCUUCUUUGGCUGUGGGAGCCUUAUCACCAUGAUGACUGUCAGUCUGGAUAGAUACCUGAAAAUCUGUCACUUGUCUUAUGGUACCUGGCUGAAGAGGCAUCAUGCCUUUAUGUGUCUGGUGGCAAUCUGGGCCUACGCUUCUUUCUGGGCCACCAUGCCAUUAACUGGAGUGGGAAACUAUGCUCCCGAGCCCUUUGGGACAUCGUGCACGCUGGAUUGGUGGCUGGCGCAGUCUUCAGUGGCGGGGCAGGCUUUUAUUCUGAAUAUUCUUUUCUUCUGCCUUGUGUUCCCAACUGCAGUGAUUGUGUUCUCCUAUGUUAAGAUCAUUUUAAAAGUUAAGUCUUCCUCCAAAGAAGUAGCUCAUUUUGACACUAGGAUACAAAACAGUCAUCAACUGGAAAUGAAACUAACCAAGGUGGCAGUGUUGAUCUGUGCAGGAUUUCUAAUUGCCUGGAUUCCAUACGCGGUGGUAUCUGUGUGGUCAGCUUUUGGGCACCCAGACUCCGUGCCCAUUCCGCUUUCGGUGGUACCAACCUUGUUUGCAAAAUCAGCAGCUAUGUACAACCCAAUUAUUUACCAGGUCAUUAAUUGUAAAUCUGCCUGUUGUCGGGCACGUGGCUCGAAGGCCCUGCAGAAGAAGAGCGCCUCGCAGAAUACCAGGUUGAAUACAAUAUCUACAAAUAGAAUGUCUACAGCAGUUGAUGAAACCUAGCAGGAAGUACAAAGGCAGACAUAUAUGGUGAAUGAAAAUCUGUUGACAGACAAUCAUUUUCUUCUCAACUUUUUCUUUUGUAAAGAAAUUAAUAUAUGAUGACGACUUUAUUUUAAUGUUUGUUUUUCUCUCUAUUCCUAUGUAUUAUGCACUAUGCGCUUUUUUCAUCCUAAAUGGAAUAUCUCUAUCAGAGCUGUGUAAACUUUUAGAGGAUAAAAAAAACAACAACCCAGUAAAAGGUCAUUUGAAUUAAAAAUGUAAAUUUGCGUAGGCCAUAUUUAGAAUACUUUUGAUUUGCUUUUUGUGAUCAUUCACAUGAGUAACUCUCUUCUUCAUGGAAAGUUUGUCUCAUGAAUAUUCCUGAGAGGCAUUUAUGUGGUUAUCUUGGAAUCACUUUAAUUUUCCUCUUCCUGUUUAUAAAAGUUUUUGUUAUCAAGCCAAGGAGCAGCAACAACAUGCAUGAGACCAAUCCAAAUUGUUCUUGAAGAUGCCUCCACUUGUGCAUGGUGACACCAAAAAAAAAAAAAAAAAAAAGAAAAAAAGAAAGUUAUCUUGCUUCGGAAGAGUGAUCCAGAUCAUCAGGAUUAGGCAUGUAAGAUCCCUAUAGAGUGAAUAAGGAUAGCCAGAUCUAGAAAAUAGGUAAUGAAUGUUUAGGCAUUAGGAGCAUGUCUGAAUUACUGGCCUUCUCCAGGAUUUAGGAUAAUGACUCUGGGCUGCAUAUGAGGAACCCCCAUCACUUUGGGUUAAGAAUGGCCAGAGGAGAGGAGCCUAGUUUGCACCAGGUGUAUUAAUUCCAUGCAAAGCGCAGCACAGCACAGCACCCUAUGACUGCUUUCAGUCCAAAACUUGGUAGGUAGUAGUGGUGCCCUCCUUUUGCACAGUACUCUAGUGGCUGCAGAACUCACUUUGGAAGUGAGAGAUUAUGUGACCAGGGAGAGAACAAGAAAUGUGGAACA